AUGAGCCAAGAAGGGAUCAAGGUGCUUGGCAGCCCCAUCGGCACACCGGAGUACUGCACCUCGGAGGUUCGACAGUCGCUCGCCAAAGCAUCAGCGCCCGUCCCUCUGAUCGCACAGCUACACCCACAACACGCCUUGCUACUGCUUUCUCGUAGCAUCUCACGCAGGAUCUCGUACCUGCUCCGCACCACACCGAGUAGCGCGUUGGACCGAGAGGAGUGGCGGGCAUGGAGUGAGUCACUGGUGGGGGCGGCGCUCAGCUCAGCCAAGUUACGAGUCCCGGCCAGUGAACUGGAGCAGAGCCUCCUUUGGCGGCAAGCAACUCUGCCCGUGCGCCUGGGGGGGCUGAGCAUCAUCGACCCCAUCUCCGAGGCACCGGCAGCUUAUAUUGCCUCCCUGACAGCGGCGCAUCACCUGCUCCAGCAGAUGAAUCUGCGAGAGGAGGAGCUUCUGGGGCGGGCGACGACACUGCUGUCCAGGGAGUGGACCCCUCCGCCGCCAGCCUCUAAUGCUCUGGCCACACUGGAGGAGAGGCUGCCAGCGGAGGCGCAGCAGGCACUACAGACCUACAGGGAGGGCCCACGCGGGCAGGGUAACCUGCAGCUUCUCCUGUCCAAGCACAUUAAUGUGGUGCGGGCUAGGGAGCUGCUUGCCGACACGUUGGUGGAUAGGCCGGGGGAGGACCAGGGGCACGGGGUCCGGUUGGUCAGUCUGAGGGGGGUGGGAGCCGGGGAUUGGCUACACGCGGUGCCAACGAGAUCUGACCUUACAUUUGCCCCUGGUCAGUUCUCGUUGGCCCUCGGGUUCCGCCUUGAGAUGGCCCUACCAGUCACAGUCAAGUGCCCCUGCAAGCGGGACAACUCCGAGAUUAAGGACACUAGCUUGGCCAAUCACCUGCUGCGGUGUGGGGAGGGAGGGGACGUGGUGAGGACGCACAACGCGCUGGUCUUCACGGCGCUGAGGCUGGCAAGGGAGGCGGGCUUCAACACGUUCCAUGAGACGACGGCGUUCUCCUCCCCGGUCCACCGGAAGAGGGCGGACCUCGCAUUCCAAGACAGAGAAUCGGCCAAGACUUGGGUCACGGACGUAACGGUGACAGACCCGGUGCUGCAGAGGCGGGAUCCGAGGGUGCGGAAGCCGCCUGGGUGGGCCGCUAGGGAAGCUUCUGAGAAGAAGCACCGGUUGUAUGAAGGCCGGCCCGAUUACGUGGGGUGUUUCGGCCUGGCGGCUGAGACGUAUGGGGCGCUGGCGACUGAUACAGUGCAGUUCCUACGGCUGCUAGCUGUAGCUACGGCGAGGAAGAAGUUCAGGCAGGGGCCGCUGACCACCACGGCCUCACGCCUCAACGCCCACUACCGCCAGCGCUGGUCGGUCAUGCUGCAGCGCUCCCAGGCGAUCUCCUUCCUCUACAAGAGCAAUAUGGCAGCAGAGGCGGCCUUCCCCCAGGCACCUGUGGACCCCUGGGAGCCGAGCCUAGGGGACCUCUGGCAGGUGCUGGACGAUGACCUAGCCGGAGUGUAG